AACCAUCGACUCCCUCUACGAGGAACUGGUCCUCCAGGGCAUCAUUAAGAAGCCCCCGAAGGUGCAGCUGGCCGACUACUCAGGGGACUUCUGCUACCUGGGCACCGCCUUGCGCCAGAAGGACAUUGAGCCCGUCCCCUCCAUGCUGGACGUCCGGCAGAACGUCGCCCUCUACGCGAUCCUUCCUCUGGGUUCCCAGACCCUGCACGAAUUGGCCCCCCUGGUGAGGUCGCUGCUCCUGGCCGGCCCGGCGGGCACGGGCAAGAGGAUGCUGGUCCACGCUGUCUGCACCGAGACGGGGGCCAACCUCUUCGACCUUUCCCCGGACAACCUGGCCGGCAAGUAUCCGGGCAAGGCCGGCCUGCAGAUGCUGCUCCACCUGGUCUUCAAGGUGGCCCGCCUUCUGCAGCCGUCCGUCCUCUGGGUCGGGGGCGCGGAGAAGAUGUUCUACAAGAAGGUCCCCAAGGAGGAGAAGGAGCUGGACCCCAAGCGGCUGAAGAGGGACCUGCCCAGAGCCCUGAAGCUGCUGAGGGCCGAGGACCGGGUGCUGCUGAUGGGCACCUCCUGCCAGCCCUACCUGGCCGAGACGAAGGCCCUGUGCAAGGCCUACGAGAGGGUCCUGCUCCUCCCCACGCCCGACUACGCCGCCCGCUACGUGACGUGGCAGUGGCUGAUCCAGAGGCAGGGCGGGGUGGUGACCAGCAGCCUGGACCUGAGCGCCCUGGCCAAGGUGUCGGACGGCUACAGCCAGGGCAGCCUGGCGCAGGCGGUGAAGCUGGUGCUGACCGAGCGGCGGAGGCUGCAGCUGCCCAAGAAGCCCCUCUGGGCCGGGGAGCUCCUGCACAUGCUGGCCAGGGCCGACCCCGUCUACCCGGAGGAGCAGGAGCUGCUGCAGGACUGGUACGAGAAAACUCCGCUGGGCCGGAGGAAGCUGGAGGCGGAGGAGGAGGCGGAGGCGGCGGCCGAGAGCAAGGAGAAGAAGCAGAAGAAGUGA